UCCUGUUAACUUCCAUCGGGGUAGGAUUGGAGGGUGGAGGGACCGGCUGUCGCCAGAGGUCAACGCUUCGUCGCGGCGACCCUUGACCGUUUUGGGGUGGUGGGGGCAGACGCUCACCUCCGUUUCCCCGUCUGUCGAAGGAUCUCCCCUUCACUAAAAUGUCGGCGCCGAUAAGAAGUUAAGUACAUUGGGUAGAUGGAGAACUGUGAUGAAGCGUGGCCAGAGGGCCAGCGUUCCCAGGAGGCUCCGGGAGAUGUUCGGACCGCCGCUGGAACUGAGGAAGAGUGCGCUGUUCUCUACUCAGAUGCUGAGGACGACCCCUCGCUCUUGACAGUUAAUGGAGCAGGCCCCCGGGCCCCCUUCCAUUGCUCCGAAUGUGACAAGAGCUUCCGCUACCGUUCAGACCUGCGCCGCCAUUUUGCCCGGCACACAGAACUGAAGCCUUUCCAGUGCCCUCACUGCGUCAAGAGCUUCAAGCAUUCUUUUAACUUGGUGAACCACAUCCGCAGCCACACCGGGGAGCGCCCCUACCGCUGCACCAUGUGCCCCAAAGGCUUCCGGGACUCCACAGGGCUCCUUCACCACCAGGUGGUGCACACCGGAGAGAAGCCAUACUGCUGCCACAUCUGUGAGCUCCGUUUCUCCUCCCGCAGCAGCCUGGGCCGCCACCUCAAGAGGCAGCACCGGGCGUCUGCAGCCACCGCAGCCCCUCAGACGCCAACCCCGCGCUGCCUGGCCUGCGGCAAAGAGCAGAGCCCCUUGGGGCACCUCUGCGCCGCUGGCCGAGGCCGGGCGGCCCCUUUCGGCUGUGGGGCCUGUGGGCGGCACUUCCAGUUAGCCUCUGAACUUCGCCGCCAUUGGCUGGCUCACACCGACAUCAAACCCUUUAAAUGUCCGGACUGCGAGAGAGACUUCAACGCCGCAUCCCUCUUGGAACGCCACAAACUCACUCAUGCCAAGGACAGGCCCCCGCCGUGUCAUCUUUGCUCGGAGAAAGCCCAGAAGAGGGACGGGAGGUUGGAACUGAAGGGCAUGGAGGAGCAGCAGAAGGGCGGUGAGCAGGAGGAGGAGGAGACCCAGCGGCACAGCAGAGGCUGCCCGUCCUGCCACUCUCCUGAUGCCCGCCCCACAGACACACUGUACCAGUGUGAGUGUGGGACUUUUUUCGCCAACGGCAAUACCCUUGCAGCUCAUCUGACUGCCCACGGAGGCGAGCCCUCUUUCACUUGCGGCAUAUGCGGUCAGCCCUUUGUGAACUUGCAGGCCCUGGAGGAGCAUCAGCUGAGCCACGCCAUGUCCGCAGCGCCAGUGCCGGGCCCAGGCAGCGAGCUGGAGCGUCACCUCUUGCCCCAACUGGAUCUUCGGACAUUCCCAGCUCAGCCCGGCAAGAAACUCUACAAGUGCAGUGAGUGUGAGAAGUACUUCCGCAGUCCCCGAGAUCUGGACCGUCACGUCUUGGUGCAUACCGGAGAGAAGCCCUACCAGUGCACCGAAUGUGGCAAGUUCUUCCGGCAUGAAUGCUACCUGAAAAGGCACCGUCUGUUGCACAGUGGGGAACGUCCUUUCAAGUGCACUGUCUGCCACAAGGGGUUCAUCACCCUGAGCAACCUCUCCCGCCAUCUCAAGCUGCACCGAGGAAUUGACUAGGAGGGGUAUCCUGAUCUAAGAACAUCCCUCCUUCCCCAGCACUGUAUUCUUCUACCUCCGUCCCACAGUGGCAGCCAGAGAUGUUCCUGUUUGGGGGGGGUAGAACUCUGCCUGAUAUUCUAGAACUCUGCUGGCCCUCACCCUUCUUCCUGGUUCAUUACUUUAGGGCAAGGACUUGAAAUGAUAAAAGGUAUUAUUGUUAUUAUUAUUUACCAAUGUUCCACUACUGUUAAUAGAAUACAUUGCACAUGCUUGGCAAAUUAUUAAGUGUUGGUGUGUUGGGGUGAGUGGAUAACCUCCCUGUGUAUGCUCUGAUCAGUUCCAGAAAGUUUUUAUUUUUAAAACAAGAAUAUUCAGAGCUGUGUGAAGAAGUCAGGUCAGAAAAAUAAACCCUUUGGUUAAGAUUCUGACUUCUGAAGGUACUUGUAUGUGAGUGAGCUUGACAGUGCUGAAAUAUUGAUUUUGGCCAAUAUUCCUGGGGAAAUUGCUUAGGGACAUUGCAGUUCCUAGAGAAUGGGGAGAUAUUUAAAGAGGCAGACUACUAAUUCACCCUCCAGUAUUUCCCAAUCACUUCAGUACUGGGGUUUUGUACUAAAAAGCAGCACAACUGGCCAAACAGAUAAAUGUGCAGAAUCUGACUUGCAUCAUUCUUUAGUCUGCAUAGUUUUCUUCCUUUUUCCUUUAACCAUUCUGCUCCUGGAUUAAUAUGAGUAUGGUUAGAUGUACUUUCUGUCCCUCAAGGUAGACUAUAGAUUAGAGAAAUCUUACGGCCCCCAUAAAACCAUAAUCCCCAAGGUUAAAUUGGGAUAACAGGUUUGUGACAUAACUGUACCUGUUGUUAUUUCUUGGGAAUCUCCAAAAAGUUGUAACUUGAUUCAGAGAAGCUCACCAAUAUGAGAUUUGAGAACUUUUGCUUCACAGCAUAUAUGCGACCAAAGGCAGACAGAAAAGGAAUAUUAAGUUCUGAAAAUUAAUUCACACCACAGAUUUAAAAAUUACAAGACUUAACAGCCUCUCUCUUCCCCCCCACCACUUCUGCAAGAAAUCAGGUCCUUUUUUAUUUAUUUAUCUCCCAUCUUUUUCCAACAGCUCCCACCAGCAUUUCUACACACUCUCUCCAGACUUUCUUCCCAGCAACGAUUUUAUGAGGAAAGUUGGGCUGAGAGAAAAGGACCGACCCAAAGUCACCCAAUAAGCUUCUAUGACCUAGGAUGGAUCCUGGGUCCUCCCAGUUGCAGUUCAACACAUUAGCCCCAGCACUGCUCUAUUCUACAGCUUUGCUUCAAAGGCUUGUUUUGUUUCAUAGGUACUUCUUUGUAGUCAUGAGGUCUGGGAAUAUGAAAACAGCUAAACUCAUCAUGUUAGGUUUAUCACUUGGUGUGGCAGAAUUACUUUGGAGACAAUUGAAAUGGGGCCCUCCAUGUUUCCUUAAACACUGUCCAUUGGCCUUCUGACAGUACCAAAUCACGUACUCUUCUUUAAAGUCUGAGGUGGGUGAUGGCUUGAAUUCUGUUUCCCUUUUUUACCCUUGCAACAGGACAUCUUUUCUCUUUGUUUUAAUUUGCCAGUCAGAAGAAGACUCACAUUGGACACUUUUGUAAAGGCCAAAAACGUGCCUUUGCUUUGGUGUUAAGUUUCAGGGCAAAGAAGCUUGGCAUUUAAUAGAAGUCAAUAUUUAACAAAGUAAUUUAAAGAGAGUAUUUAGCAUUUUAAUGGUAAUAUUGAGGGGCUGGAUAUAUUUCUCCUUUAUGCUUGACUGUAGGAGGGGUGGAAUCUUGAGUUGGCCUAGGUUUCUGUAUAAUUUCAAAACGAUGUUUAAAAAUACUAAAUUGGUUAGGUGCUUAGUAGCAUCUCACAAAGAUUGAGAUCUCUUGGAAACAAGGAAAUCACAUGUACUUGUUAAUAUUUAAUUAGGUGAUGGAGAACAAACUAAAAAGGCACACUCUCUAAGCAGAAAAAUUAGACACAAGGAAGAGUUGUAUGUUCCUGUACUAUAUGUGGAAACCUAAUGGUCAGGUUAGCCUUGAUCCAUAUUCUUUUGCCUGUCUGCAGCCUUCCAUAAGACUUCCUGAUUGGGCAGACUCAUUUCUCCAUACCCUACAAGUUCUGAUUCUGAUGCAGCAGCCAUUAUCUGUCCCAACGUGGAAUUGUUUACUGACCAACACCUGAGUCUUGUUCUCCUGUUUUUUGCUCAUUUCUUUAAGCCCUUGGUAGGUCCUUGAACAUCUAAUAAACUUAUGUUCCUGACCAAAUUCCAGUUCCUUAUCUUCUGUGGAAUGCAAGCCAUUUAGCUGGGCAUUUCUGUGUUACAUUUAUUGAGAGAAUAAGUGCACAUGUAGGCAUAUGCUUAUGUUUUGGAAACAAAACUUGUCCAGAUUGUGUGGCUGAGUAGCCUACUUUACAUGUCCUGUACUUGAAGGCUUAUCUGGUUCAACCUUGGUUUCAAGAUAAUUUACCACAAGAGAGAGAGGAGAGUCUGAAAUAUAUCCAUCGGUAGCACCUGGGCAGUGGAAUAAGCUAGCACCUAGGUUACCUGGCUGAAAUAUUUUCCAGUAUGGUAGGCAGUAUUGUAUUUCUGCUAAUUUACCAUUAUAUUAAACCUGCCUCAUGCAUAUGGAAAA